CACGGCGCGCGAGCACGAGCGAUGCCGACGACGAUGUCGACGUCCGCGACAGCCUUCGCCGCGGCGUGCGCGGCGGCGUCGUCGUCGCCGCGCUCGAGGACGCGCGCCGGCGCGCCUCGGUGCGCGCGUCGUCUUCGGAUCUCUCGCUCGUCGCGCCAGCGCGCGUGGACGACGAGAAAAACGAACGCGACGCGCGCGGCGGCGAACGCCGACGACGACGACGACGCCGGAGGAGGAGGAGGAGGAGGAUCCUCCGCGCCGCCCUCCGCGUCCGACGCGCUCGCGGAGAGACUCGCGAAGGCGAAGGCGUACAGAGACGCCGUGAACAAGCAGUCCGCGUCGAUGGGGAAACCGAGCGAGAUGGCGGACGCCGUGAAGGAAGCCAUCGCGCGCGCGGAGCGCGCCAAGGCGUCCGCGAACGACGCGUCCUCCCCGACGCCGAGCGGCCCGAAGGAGGUCAAGGUGAAGAUCCUGACGCGAAACGCGGACUACAAUCCGUUCGGGGAAGACGAGGCGGUCGUGGGGAGAGAGUCAGAGACGGGCGAGGUGUUCAGGCCCGAGGCGGGCGGCGCGUUCCGCGGCGACGGCCCGACGGCGGCGCAGGCGGAGAUGCUGCGGAGCGGCGGGCGGCGACGCGAGAGAGGCUUGGGGAGCGAGGAGGCGAACGCGGAGCCCGUGGAGGCGCGUCCGAAGCUGGAGAUUUCGAAACCCCCGGGCGAGGGCGAGGACGCGGAGAACGGCGAGUCGAACUACAAACCGUCCGUCAGCACGUGGGGCGUGUUCCCGCGACCGGAUAACAUCAGCGAGGCGUACGGCGGCGGGAAGACGAUUAAGGCGGGGGAGUUCGUUCCCGAGACGGAGGAGGAAAAGGAAGCGCGACGGAAGCGCGUCAGGGAUAAGUUGAAACAGUUUCGCUCGAACGCCGGGAUAGAGGUGUCCAACGGGACGAUCGUGCGGUGGCAAGCCGCGCUCACCGAGGCCAAGUCGUUGAUGUCCCAGGGCAAGCUCCAGGCGUCGUACGAGCUGUUAGAGCCGAUCGUGAAGGUGGAGAACAUCUCGCCCAAGCUCGAGAUCGGCGGGGACAUGAUCUUCAACUACGCGGUGUGCUUAGACUCCUGCGGCCGCCGAGAGGAAGCGUUGGAGAUGUACAAGCGGUGCGUCGGGUGUCCGCACGGGAAAGUGUCCAAGAUGGCGGAUCGCAUGAUCUGGGGGAUGACGACGGCGUCGAAGAAGAUGAAGGCGGACCAGUUCGACUACGACGGCAUCAAGGACAAGUACGACCCGUUCCUCAUCAAGAUGACCACGGAGCGCCAGGACUGGAAGAUCGAGUCGGACCCGGAGGAAGAGGAGGCGCUGAAAAAGGUCACCGCCGCGUCCGUCGCGUUCGUCGUCGCGCUGCCGCUCGCGAUGGGCGCUCUGAUUUACGCCUCGCGGUUUUAA